ACCUGCUAUCGGGGUGUAGCGAGAUUUCGCCUUCGUCCCUUUUUCAGAGCAUUUAUAAUACAAGAAACAACGAACUACUUAUCCAAAGGGCACAAAGUAACCUUCUUAUACGCGCAAAGCUUCUUAGGAAAUGUAGGGACUUUCUCUGAAGCCGUUGUUUUGGAAAUCUCGUUUGCAAGUGUAUUCUGCAACGCUGCCUACGCUAUUCAUGAAUGCGCUAGCCUAGGAUACUAGCUGUCAGGUCCUGUACCUUGCUGGUCUAGCAUUUUAGCAUGACCAAGGCUGAAGUAAACCUGACAUAAUCGUUCAAGAUGUCUUCGAAAUGUCAAUAUAUCUUCUUGUUCGGAGUCUUUGGGUCUCUGAUCUUGAGGAAAACCAAACGUAAUCAUGGCGACGGUCGACAGAAACACUACUGAAGGUCCUGUACCCACGAAGCAGUCGACAGAAAUUGUCGAAACUGAUCUACUGAUCGUUGGAGCUGGUCCAGCUGGAGCAGGACUGGCUUGCUUCCUGGCCCAACAUGGACUGAAAGGAAUCAUGGUAGCGUCUACCCCCAGCACGGCCGACACACCACGAGCACACAUCACAAAUAUGGCAGCAAUGGAAUGUCUGCGAGAUAUCGGACUCGAAGACGAAUGUCUGAAAGUCGCCGUACAUGGCGAUUCCAUGCAACAUACACGAUGGUGUCGAAGUAUGGCCGGUGAGGAGUUUGCGAGGAUAUACUCGUGGGGGAAUGACCCCGCGCGGGCAGGAUUAUACGAUGCUGCAAGUCCGUGUAAUCACACCGAUAUCCCUCAGACGCUUCUUGAACCUAUUCUUGUUGGCCAUGCAACUCACAAUGGCUUCUCCUGUCGAUUCGAUACCACAUUCCUCUCAUUUGAGCGUGAAUCGAACGGAACCAUUCUCAGUACAUUGCAAGACAACCUCACGAAAGCGGUGUACCGGAUCAGGUCAAAAUACCUGUUUGGAUGUGAUGGAGCUAGGAGCCAGGUUCUUCGGCAAUUGAAAAUACCUUCGAUUAAGAAGCCAGGUCAGGGUUUAGCGAUAAAUGUCCUUGUGAAAGUGGAUCUAUCGCAUGUGGUUGAGAAUAGGAUGGGGAACUUGCAUUGGGUUAUGAGACCAGAUGAAGAGAGUCCGGCUUAUAAUUGGAGCUGUAUUGCUCGUAUGGUGAAGCCUUGGAAGGAAUGGAUGUUUAUCCUGUUUCCUCAUCCUGAAGCUGGUAUUGACUUCAAUCCUUCUCACGAGGAUUACUUGAAAUGUGUCAAGUCAAUCGUAGGAGAUGACUUGAUCCCCGUUGAAAUCCUCGGAAUUUCAAAAUGGUUCAUCAAUGAAAUUGUAGCUGAAUAUUACUCAGACGGCAACAUCUUCUGUCUCGGCGAUGCUGUCCACAGACAUCCUCCCAUCAACGGUCUCGGCUCAAAUACCUGUAUCCAAGACGCCUACAAUCUCGCCUGGAAAAUCGCAUAUGUCAUGAAAAGCAAAUCCGGACCAGGCCUCCUCAACUCAUUCAGUCUCGAACGCCAACCCGUCGGCGCAACAAUCGUGACCCGCGCCAACGAUGGCCUCCGCGACCACAUCCCCGUUUGGGAAGCUCUAGGAAUGCUCGAUCCCUCCUUAUCAACCCGACAAAAGCACUUUGCCGAACUGUCCGAAGCUACACCCGAGGGCAUCGCUCGACGGCAGCGCCUCCAGAAGGCAGUGGCUCAUACCGCUCAUGAGUUUCACGGCGUAGGCGUAGAGAUGAAUCAGCGCUACACCUCUCCAGCGAUCUACCUAGCAGACGAAGGACCUCGUCCUCCUCUGCCAGACGAUCCUGUCCUUGAUCACCAAGUCACCACUUACCCUGGCAGUCGACUCCCGCAUGCUUGGCUCAACACUAAGAUGCCUGGCAAGAAAUUAUCGACUAUCGAUCUCGCUGGCCAUAGUGCAUUCUGUCUGCUCACUGACAUAGGUGGCUCUGCAUGGAAAGAGAGUGCUGCGAAAGUUGCAGGGAAGCUGGGGGUGGAAAUCAAUGCCUAUUCGAUUGGAUGGGGACAGGAUUAUGAGGAUGUGUAUUUUGAUUGGGCGAGGAGGAGGGAAGUUGCUGAAGAUGGAUGUGUUCUUGUAAGGCCGGAUCGGUUUGUGGCUUGGCGGUCGAUGGGAAUGAUUGAGGAUCCUGAGGAGAAGUUAUUGCGUGUUUUGAAGUCGAUUUUGGAUUUGUGAUGGGCAAACAAUGAAUUCAAUGAACUUCUUCAUAAGAUAUCGGAGUCAGGAUCUGGGUUUUCGGUGCCGGAUAGCCGUACACCACUCCCGUAUCCAUAUAGUGGGAGAAUCCGUCUUCCAAUCUUGUCUCCAUCAGUAAAAGUAAAGCUCUAGGGGAUUCAUUCUUGCUUAUGGAUGUAAAGUCCUCACCUCGCUUAAAAACAGCAAUGUCAACUCAAUAACAAUGUUUGACAUUUCGAACAUUCGGAAUAUGGCGAAAUGCCG